AUGCUUGAGCCUUUGAAAGAAAGAAGCAAGUUGAAUCAUUCCUUGAUAGUAGUGUGGGAACGCACUUUGCUUAAUUAUUACAAUUGGCUGCUGAACUUCGAAAUUCCUCUAAGAAGCCUAACAAGCAAGAAGUCCUCCAGCAUGCAGUUUCCAAAUCACCUAAAAGUAGGUAUGAUAUUCUCAAAUACAUUUUAUAAUGAGAGCAGAGGAAACGAAACUGCCUACACGGGCAUCGAUGUGCAAUUGCUGAAGCUUCUAGCUGAGAAACUGAAUUUUCAGUAUACGAUACACAUCGUGAAAGAUGGAUACGGAAAAGUAAACGAAAAUGGCUCUUGGAUUGGAUUGGCUGGUGCGCUUGGUAGAGGAGAACUCGAUAUAUCAACGGUGUACUGCCCUUUGCUGGAGGAAAGGACGCAGGUCAUCGACUACAGUAUGCCUUAUUACACGGUCGAGAGGACAUUCGCCACUGCCAUACCAAAGCCACUGCCCAGAUAUUAUGUACUAGUGAUGCCUUUCCAAGUACAGGUCUGGGUUGCCUUCCUUGUUUCUGUUCUACUCGUACCCAACGUACUUCAGCAAGCCUUGUUCCGAAAGCAGUCUUUGGUGGGGUACUUCAUCAACCUGAUAAGUUGCAAGAAAAUGCCGGAUAAGAUAGAGAAUUCACUUUCCUUCCGAAUUUUCAAUGGCUCGUGGCUCUUAUCGGACACAAUCAUGAGGUUCACCUACACAACAGUCAUUUUGUCCUUUCUGACCGUUACUCCGAGGCCGACAGGCGUGAGAAAUGUCCACGACUUAGCUGUUGCCAUUGAAAAAGGUAAUUUCAAAUACAUCGAACUCAAAGGCAGUGCCAAUGCCGAAUUCAUGAUCCAAAAUGAUUCCCCUGAUAUUCGGAAAAUAGGUCUGGCGGUGAUUCGCAACAACUGGUUCGAAGUGCUCGAUUUCGGACAAGAGAUCGAAGACAAUAAGGCAAUUUUCGGUUCACGUCUGCUGUUCACCAUUUUGCACGGCAAGCCACCGUUUGCAAAAGUUUCCGUUGCGGAAGAUGGUUUUGGAAUAUGGAGCACCGGAGUCAUGGUGAAGAAAAAUUUUUGUUGCAUGCAAAGACUCGAUACUAUGAUACUCAGAAUCAAUAGCGCAGGCCUUUAUCAAAAGUUCAUAGAUGACGAAUCGUUUAAACGCCAGUUUUACGCAAAUACGAAUCGGCCGUUCGAUGAUGGUGUGAAAAAGCUUGGCCUGGAUUCGUUUUCAGGAAUUUUCUUUUUGCUCAUCAUCCUUCACGUUGCUUCUCUCAUCAUAUUUACCAUGGAACGGUUCUACUACCAGCGGAAGAAAAGGGCGAUGAGAUGA